AUGGAGAAGUUCCGUCACUUCGGCGAUGCCGCAACGGGCAUACACCCCUUCACCUUCGUGAUGGCCCCGACCACCGCCGGUCGAAUCGGCUCCGUCUGCAUGUUUCCCGCGCGCCUUCUCUUGACCGCCGUGUUUGCGCUUCUCCUGCUCGUGACAGACACGCUCCUAUGGCUUGUCUACUUCGCCUAUCUCAGCCUGCUCGGUCGCCUCCUCCUUGCGCCGCUGCAGCGAGCGUGGCUGCGUGGCCUGCUCUUCUCCAUCGGCCACAUCUUUCCACAGCAGCCAGCGGCGAUGGUGAAGCCUCCGCAACAGGAGCGUGAGGCGAGCAGUUCCUCCCAUUCGGCCCGUGCGGGCGACCUCGUUGUGUGCAACCUGCAGUCUGUGUGGGAUGCCUUGGUGCUCGAGGUGAUGCUAGCGCAGCCGUACCACGCCAUUUGCUUCCCUGAUGCGACGAUGGCGGGAAAAGACGGUGCCGCAUCGUCAACAGAGGCAGCUGCAGCGCCCGGUCUGCGUGUCUUCUGGCCUGGACCCAUGCAGCGCUGGCGAGUGUGGGCCUACACCCGCCGCACCAGCUCCCUCGCCUUUCUCACGGCGCAGCAGCCGGACAGCGCCGAACAGCAGGCCAUCCGGAAAAAGACAGAGGCGAUGGAGCUGCCGCUCUACCGUGUGCAGAAGGCAGCGGUGCGUGCCGGGGUGCCUGUGUGGUGGUUCGGCGAGGGCACGUGUAGCAAUGGGCGUGGUCUGCUGCUCAUGCCGGCGGUAACGUGCACAUCUGCCGCGGCCUCCAACGCAUCGGCAGGUUGCGUGGUGCACCUCGCCACGAUCCAGUACGACUCGCCCGCCCUGCAGAACGUGCUUGGCAACGAUAAUGAAGGCUUCUUCGCGGCGCUCUUCCGCACUGGGCUGCUGCUGUACGGCAGCACGGCGCCGGCCUGGACAAGCCCCUUCUUCCCCACCGCUGAGGUGACGUAUCGCAGCACGCGUCUUGCGCGCGCCACACCGUCAACGGCGGCGGAUAGAAAAUGCGCCGCAUCGAUGUGCCACUGGACUCUGUCCGCGCCAGCGCUGCUGGAGCUGCGCAACGCCAUGUGUCAGCGAGGCCAGCCGCUGGUCGUGAGCGGCAACACUGCUGGCGUGCGCCGCCAGCCGCUGUCGGUCGGCGUCAGGGAGAAGAAGGGCUUCCUAGAAGCGUACAGGGCUAUGCUGGACAGCAAGAAGACGUCACCGUCUCCGUGA